AGCUUGAAGAAAAAAUUGAACUUGUGAAGCAAAAAACACAAGCAGUUGCUACGCGUCUUCUCAACGACGCCGAUAACAAACGACUUCGCACUGUCUCUGAUUCUUCUUCUCCUUCUAUUUCUUCCUCUCAAUCUUCUCUUCCUGGUAUACUUUUACUUUUUUAUCCUCCCUCUUCCCCUAGGAUUUUUCUCCUCCACUUCUUGCUCUAUUUUCUUUGAUUUAUGACUUUUUUUUGUAAUUUAUUAAUUAUUACUGUUUUGUAGCUUCCAAUAUUUGCUGCAUUUGAGUUUCAGAAUUCAGUACUAGUACACGAUUUUCGCUUUUUUUUACUGAAUAAUUACAUAAUAUGUUUCUUAUACUGUGUUUUUGGGGUUUUGUAUUAUCGAUUAUAGUAAUUUUACUGUUAUUAUGGUUAUAGCUUCAAUUGAAAUGUACAAUUGAAGUUUUUGCUUAAUUAAAGCUAGGAAUUGUUUAGUGGAAGCAAUUAGUAUGCAUUAUGAGUUCUUUGGAUUCAGAUUUUUUGAUGUAUUAGUAGCUUAGACAAUUUACUUAUAUUCUCUAACAUGUUCUUUUGAUUGCUAACUUCAUAGUUCAUGUACCUAUAUUAAUGCAGUUGUUAAUUACUACCUCCGGUCUUUAUUAGUUUAUCCGUAUUCCUUUUUAGGAUGUUUGUUAUUAUUUUUGGAAUGAGACCACCAAAUUUCCAUCACACACAUUCAACUUUAAUAUAAAUUAAUCUUUUCUCUUCCACAAUAUCAUUUCUCCUAAAACUAUAUGAAAGAAACAGGUAAACUAAUAAAGAUCGGAGGGAUUAUGUUGUUGCGGACUUGCAGUUGUUACUUGUUGCGCAGAUUCUUGCGGUUGUUUUGAUGAAAAACAAAUGUGGACUCCUUGUGCAUGACCUUUUUAGUGCUAACUUCAAUAUAUCUUGCGCUGUGAGCCUGUGAAAGUGAAACACAUGCGGAACCUUGUAUUUUGCGGCUGUGGCCUCUCAGUAAUCUUGAUGGCACUUCACAUAUAUUGUCUCCUUUUGUGAGCUUAUGAAGGAAUUGAUAUUAUUUGAAUUAGAGAGUGUUUGGUUGAGGUGAGAACAUUUUCAUCUGGUUUUUCCAUUUUGCUUUCUUUGGUUUUUAGAGGAAGGCAAAUAAUUUUUCCUGUUGAUGGUAAACAUUUUUCUUGUAAGAGAAACCCACAUUUCCCACCCUACUCCUUACCUUCCUCUUUCACUUAUCCUGUCCGUACUCCUUUAACAUUUUCAUUUUCCCCUUCUCUCAAACUUUGCUUGUGAGCAACCAAACAAGAAAACUUAAUUUGCAAUGAUGUUUUCUAAUUGAAAUUGGUUUUUCAUGAAGAAUUAUAUGAAAGUGAGGCAUAUCGUCAAAUCCACCUUCUUUACGGUUUUAUUUCUUCACAUUCUGCCACUUUGAGUAUCAUAUACUCACUACUCUUCCUGAAUCAAUUUUUUUUUUUUUUUUUUAGAUGACGAUAUUUGAGUUGUGGCAUUCUUAUCUUUGCCCUUGCAAGGAAGCUUUCCCUUUUAGGACUGGACUGCACCCUUUUAUUUCUUCAAUUGGUGUUGUAGUUCAAGACAUUUUAUUGCGCGGUUGAGUUAUGUAUAUCCGGGCCAUGUUAUCUUGUUAUGUUCAUUAAAUACUUUUUUUGCAGAUUUUCAAUGUUCUCUGUGGGUUAUAUUUGAAGUUUUGACCUUGAAAUUCUCAAGUGAUGUGAAGAGAAUACUCAUGAUCUUUCAUGUAAAUGAUUGGUGAAUCUUUGCCAUUGGCCCAUAGCACUUUUAUACCCACGAUAUCAAUUAGUGUGGGGAUUUAUGAUUGUUAUAUAUGUUAUAAUUAUAAACGCAGCAAAUAUACUAGGCCCCUUCUAUAUAUUUUCCAACUUUUUUGCUAUGUAAUAAGUGGCUCUUGGAAGGAGUUUAGCGAUUAUCUUCCAACAAGAAAUGUUGAUGCACUCUAAAAGUUCUUGGAGGUGACCGACCUUUUUCCCAGUUAGUGCCUUAUGUUACUCAAACAAAUCAAUACAGUAGUGUACCAAGCAGCAAGAAAAUCUCUAUCCCGAAUACUAAGGUUGAACCUUUAAUUAGAACUUGUCUGAAAGUGAUUAUUCUCUUGUUUUUGUCUAUUCACCCUCCUUAAAUGAAUUUUACUUGUUGUACAUCCUAAAGGUUGGUGUUAUUAUUGGAAGAGGAGGAUACAUGGUAAAAACUCUUGAAUUAGAAUCAGGAGCUAAAAUUCAGAUACUUCCAGAUGCAGACAUCAAUCCUACCUUUUUGACAAGGGAUGUUGAACUGAUGGGUACACAGGAGCAAAUCAACAGAGCGGAACAACGAAUAAAUGAAGUAAUUGCCGCGGCAGAUUCAACAAAUUCUGCCUCAUUUGGAGAUAGAAGCGGUCCUCCCCCACAAGCUGGAGAUGAGCAACUUAUGAAAGUUCCAAAUGACAAGGUUGCUCGCGUCAUUGGUAAAGGAGGUGAAUCUAUAAAAGCGAUGCAGAGCAAGUCUGGAGCUUGCAUUCAGAAUCGUUCGAAGGUUUUGUCUGGUUCUAAUAUGUACCAACAGUCUGGCUACCCUCCUAGUGCUGCUUGGACUCCUCAGGGUCAACCUUCUGCACAGCAGCCUCCUGCAUAUGGAUACUCUCAGACUGGAACUUAUGCUAUGCCCCAACCACCUUAUUAUGGUGGAUACCCUCCACAGCCAACUACUUGGGACCAAUUAGCUGCUUUACCUCAGCAGCAGAAUACUGGCUACAAUGCGUAUGGACAAGGUCCACCAGCUUCAACUCCCCCAGAUGUUCAUUACAAUUAUGGCCAAGUCGCACCAGCUUACAAUUAUAAUCAAGGGUACCCGCAACAGCCAUAUUUCGGGCGAGAUGGUCAGGCUACUUCAGAUGCCAAACCUUAUGUAUAUGGACCACCAGCAACAUCUUCACAGCCAGAUGGUUCUGCUGCUGUCCAAACUUCUCAGCAAGGUUAUGAAACCCCAAUUGCAUAUGGUUCUGAUGGCACAGCCCAAUCUCAGCCCCCGUCUGCAUAUGCAAUGGGCUAUGGUCAACCUCCUCAUGGUAAUGAUUAUAGUGCUUAUCCAAGUUAUUCAGGUGCACCAGCUGUUCAGCCAUAUUACAAUCAAACAGGUUAUGCACAGGCGAGUUAUGGACAGCAGAAAGAAGGUCAAGUUGUAAGCCAGGCAUCGUACCCUUAUUAUGGACAAAGUUGGUACCCUUCAUCUCAAGCCCCUGCUCAAGCGGGAUAUUAUCACAGUGCUUAUCCUUCGGCCAUUCCUCCAGCACAAGAGCCACCUCAUAUUCAGCUGCAAACAUCUGAUACUAAAGACUCGAGUAAUGUGGCUGGCGCUGCUGCAGAAAAAAGUGAAGAUCCCCAAAGCUGACAUUAAGAGCAUUCCUGCAUUCAAAACCUAACUUCUAUUGGAUUGUUUCCGUCGCUCUCAAGUCAUUUAUCAACGGAAGUUCACUAGGCUAUUAGAAUUUAUCGAAAGGUUAUAAAGGGUCCAUGAUUAGACCUGAAGGUGCUCGGAUGUUUUCUAGAGUUUUGACUGUUGAAUUUAGUAUUUCUUUUGCCUUGAUGAACUUGAAUUGAUAUUAACUUUUCAGAGAUUUCUUUGAUGAUUUAGCUGUGGUUUCGUUUGUUCUUUA